ACCAUGAACGCCCGCUCGCAAACGUUCGAUCUGCGCAUGGAGGGCCGGCAGGUGGACGAGGCCGUGCUGAGCAUCUUCCACACGAUCCUGUUUCACCGCAGCCUCGGCAAGUUCCUGUACACCGAGGAGGCGAUGUACUCGGUCGGCACGAUCGGCUACCGGGACGUGGACUGCGACUUUUUCGACUUCACCUACGUGUGCUGCAGCUCGCCGCGGCUGGAGGAGACGCUGCGGCGCGAGAUCGGCAACUUCAGCCGGCAGCUGCGCAGCAACGACAGCGGCGGCACCGGCCAGAUCAGUCUCGAGUUUUUCCAGCGCAAGAAGACGCGCUGGCCGUUCCAGACCGACUGCAUACCGUGGGAGGUGUGGACGAUACGGCUCGAGCUGCUGACGCUCACGAACGAGGACGACCGGCUGCAGUGCCGGGAGCGGGUGAGCGACCUGCUGACCGACAAGAUCUUCUGCAUCACCGAGAUCAUGAACCGGCACGACUACGUGCCGAAGAUACCGAACCAGACCGAGCUCGACAUGGUGUUCGACACGACCUACCCGGACGUGCAGCCGUACCUGUUCCAGUUCAAGUUCAGCACGGCCGGCCCGAGCGGCACCUCGGUGAGCAACACGAUGAAGAAGCUGAUCAAGGAAACGCUCAACGUUUCGUUGUGACUAAUACGCGGCCUGCUGCUGCCGCUCGUGGGGUCGUGGCCCGGGUGUCCAUUUUCUUUGCACCUCAAGGGAGCCCGGGCGGGAGAAGAUCCCAUUUUCUUGUUUUCUUUACACACACACACCGUUACUCUCACGUCUGCUAAGCGUUGGCGGAGUGUUUUUUGUUUUUUUUUUCACUUGUUUUAAUGGUCGCAUUUCCGUGCAAUCAAUGUUAUACUGUGGUCCGUCACCCCUCCUCCCACACCAUACAGUGUAUCAAUAGUGUUUGUGUCUCUGUUUGGUUUUGGAGGGUUUUUUACUUCUCUUUUUUUCUCAUUUACGUGUCAUGUCAUCGUGCUAUUACGUCAGUGGCUGUAGGAUAAGGAUUAUGUUGUGCUAAGUACGCGCAUGGGCAAGGACCUUUUUCUGCAGCCUUCGCCCGCUGUGUGUGUCUGUAUGUGUGUGUGUGUGUGUAGCGCAAACGAUUUGCGUCUGCCUGCCAGGCAAAUCCGCAUCAAAAGUCUAAGAAGGUUGAAUUGUUAAAACCUUUCGAUCAAACGGCGAUAACAGUGAGGCCGGGAAGCGUGGAAACGCAAAACGAGAUUAACUAAACGGCCCUGUGAUGUCGGUUUUUGGCGAGUUUGAACAAAAAAACCGAAGGGGGGCUUUCGUUUUAGGUUUACGAUUGCGCAACGUGUGAUGUAGUGCGCAUCAUUCUAGGCCGCUUUUUUCUGCUGUUCGCCACAAUCAAGGGCUGAUCAAGAGCUACUUUGUGUAUGUAUGUGUGAGUGUGUGUGUGUGUGUGUGUGUCGAUAGCUAUGACGCUAUCGAAUGAUUUGUAUGAGUGUGUACCGCUGUUUUUGUUUGUUUGUUUUGCUAUCGAUGGGUGCACACCCUUGUAGAGCGCCCCUCCCACCUGUUUAGUUUAAUUUUGCAACCCCAUACCACCCACCUACCGCCAAAACCGCCCCCCCCCCCCCCUUCCGUCGAGUUUUCCGUUGAUCUAUAAUUGAUAAGGCGCGCUAGCCGCGCACACUGAAGACACUUUAAAGAAGCAACCGAUGUUUUAAAACGCUGAGCGCCCAAAGCAAACGCAAACGAACAAUAUAUCCCGUAGGGUGAUUUACCGAAUCACUAAUGAAUAGAGCUAAGGUUUUAGGUUAAACGGUUCCAGCCGGUGGUACAAACAAACCCAAGGCAGUGAAACAAAAACAAAAGCAAACGUUCGCUCUUCUCGACGGCAACUAGUCGCGUGUUUUACACACCGAUGGUGGUGACAUACUUGGAUGAUAUAGAAUAAAUAGUGCAAUACUUGCAGGCAUUUGGGGAACAGGCGGAGGACGGGCAGGGACGCUACACGCGAACCCGUUUCAAACCGAUUUGCUUCACUCAUGUUUUGAACACUCCCCAAAGCGAUACUUUUUUUUUUUUUAAUGUAUGCCAAAACAACUAAAGCACAAUAGUACAAAAAGAAAGAAGCAGGAUUCCCCAGAGCAAAGCGAGCGAAGCAAUGUGGUAGAGCAAAGAUUACUUCUAGUGAACAAAAUUAACCACCUUCAAAUGGGUUUUUUGCAAUAGCGUCGCUUUUUUUGGUUAAUAAUUUGAGUCUGCCCCAUGCAAUGAAUUUACCCUCAAGUCAGAAGCCAAACUGCAAUUCAAUGAUAGGAUAGUGUGUGCGUGUUGUGGGUUUAAAAGACGUGCUGUCCCAAGUUUUAUUUCCUCACCCUGCUAGGAUGGAUUGCCCAUUUACUAGCAGCCAAAACAAACCGAGAAGAAAGGAAAAAGAAUGAUAAAAACAAAACAAACAACACGCAAGAAUCAUACGGGUUCCCGAAACAGAAAGUUUGAUGCAUAAAAAAAUGGUCACUAUACAAACAAAGUAUGCAGUAAAUAGUUACGUAACAUUACCUAAAGACAUCUCAAUAGCAUAGUAGCAUUAAUGCUUGCAUAUACGUAAAGAAAACGCUAAACCACGUCUAGGAUAUCAACACAAACCGUACCGCUACUCUCCGUACGAUAUAUAUAUACGUAAACGACUUUAUUAUGUGUGUGUGAGAAAGAGAGAGAAUGUGAGUGAGUGAGUGUGUAGGGUUGUGCACGAUACCUUCCCUGAACUUAAUUAUGUUUUAGGUAAGCUUGUUCGGUUAGAUAUUGUUUUGUUUUCUUUCUUUUUUAUUCUGCUCUCGUUCACGUAUCUGUCUUGUUUCGCUUGCCGCUUACACUUUUCACGCCGUUCACUAUUCGUAACAGAUGAGGCAGGCAACACCCCGUGCGUGUGGGUGUGUGUGUGUGUGGGCGUUAAUUUUAAGCCACCGGACCAGCAAGGAGCAGGCACGCUCGUGUGCGCAUGUGCUCAACGCACUAACGCACGUGGUUUCAGUCAUUUAUUAGGCUAAGUCGGGCUUUGUUUGUUUUUGUUUUUUUUUGUCCUACGUAAGCCUGUUAGUUAAAAAUAACAACAACAACAAUAACAAAACGCACCCAAUUUUUAAUUAAGUUUAAGUGGUUUGGGCAGGGUUUUAUUUUCCCAUUGGAAACGGUGAAUCAACCAAACAACUGGAAUGGCGGUUCCUGCCGAAAAGAAGAAAAAAGAGGAAAGUUGUAGUUCUGUAAGUACUUGCAAUAUAUGUUGUGCGAGAAAGCGGAAAGAAAAGGAGUGAAAAAACAACAACAAAAACACGGGAGAGUAGAGAGAGUAAAAAAUGUAACAAAAAGAAAACGAAAGUGAUUAAAAUGUAAAAAAACAGCAAAACAUCAACAUAUAAAGAUAAGAAUGAGCAUGAGUAGAGUAAGUGUAUAAAGAAAAAAGGGAGAAAAAAGGAGCAAAACACAGCUGAAAGCAACACAAGUGUACUAUUAUCUAGAAACAUGUAGAGGGAAUAGCAAGCGGGAAUCCAAAUUCUUUCUAAAUUGGUUAAUGCGUUGGUUCGUUCUAUCUUUAGGUCCAUUAAAACAGGCAAUCCACACUCCAUGGCAAAUUAGCUUUGCAAAUAGCACAACACAAAGCGAGAGUAGAUGCAAUAAUUGGGCAAGUAGAA